GUGACUGCAGCGAACAAUGGGAAUUUAGAGUAUUCGAUAGCGCGGUGGAAGAAUGAUGUUAGUUAUUAAAGUCGAUGUAGAAGUGAGUGGAAAAUGAGUGUGAGUGCGUAAAUGAGUGUUGAACUAAUGUGCAACAAGACGAUCGCUUAAUAUGUGGCGACAGGAUUAUAGUUUUGUGCUUGUGAUCUUGGUAACUUGUUGGAUUCCCACAGUAACAGGUUUUGUGUCGUGCUCUCCCAGCCCCUGCAAGAAUGGCGGUACAUGUGUGUCGUCACCACGCGGGGAGUCCUACUGCAAUUGCACGGCGAUGCAUGUGGGGGAGUACUGCCAGUACAUGAACCCAUGCCACACGGGACCCGGCCCCCGGUGCCAGAAUGGGGGUUCCUGCAACGUGCGGUCUUCGCCCACGGCCAGCCCCACGUUCUGGUGCACCUGCCCCAUCGGCUACUCAGCCUCCCUGUGCGAGAUCCCGGUGGCCAACUCGUGUGACUCGGACCCCUGCCUGAACGGUGGCACGUGUACGCUAAGGAGUCUGGACAGCUACUCCUGCACCUGCGCCCCGGGCUACACCGGUCACCACUGCGAACUGCAGGAUCACUGCGCCUCCAUGCCGUGUCGCAAUGGCGCCGAGUGCGAGUCCCUUGGUGACACGUACAAGUGCACGUGUGCGCCGGGAUUCGUGGGCCCCUCGUGCGCAGAGGACAUCGUGGAGUGCAAGGAGGAUCCCUGCAGGCACGGCACCUGCUUCAACACGCACGGAUCGUACAAGUGUAUGUGCCACCCUGGCUACACGGGACAGGAUUGUGAGAACAAGUACAUCCCAUGUGACCCCUCACCCUGCCUCAAUGAUGGGGAGUGCCAGGAGGUGGAUACCCUCAGCUACAAGUGUCGGUGCCCCACAGGUUACCGAGGCAAGAACUGCGAGGAGAACAUUGACGAUUGUCCGGGCAACUUGUGCCAGAAUGGGGCUACUUGCGUGGAUGAUAUCAAUCGAUAUUCCUGCCUGUGCCCACCCACUUACAUGGGAGAGUUGUGCGAGCAAGAUGUAGAUGAGUGUGGACAGCGACCCAGUGUGUGCCAGAAUGGUGCCACUUGCACCAAUUCCAUCGGUGGCUUCUCCUGUAUAUGCGUCAAUGGCUGGGCUGGACCUGACUGCAGUGUCAAUAUCGAUGACUGCGCUGGUGCUGCCUGCUUCAAUGGCGCCACGUGCAUCGACAGGGUGGGCAGCUUCUACUGCAGGUGCACCCCCGGAAAAACAGGACUGCUGUGUCACUUGGACGACGCCUGCACGUCGAACCCUUGUCACGCCGACGCCAUCUGUGACACGAGUCCCAUCAAUGGUUCUUACACUUGCUCGUGUGCGAGCGGCUACAAGGGGGUGGACUGCAGCGAGGAUAUCAACGAGUGUGAACAGGGGUCCCCGUGUGAGCACGACGGCAUCUGCGUCAACACGCCGGGCUCGUUCGCGUGCAACUGCGCGCAGGGCUUCACGGGACCGCGCUGCGAGACGAACGUGAAUGAAUGCGAGUCGCAUCCAUGCCAAAAUGACGGCUCCUGCUUGGACGACCCGGGCACCUUCCGAUGCGUCUGCAUGCCCGGUUUCACAGGCACACAGUGUGAGAUUGAUAUUGAUGAGUGCCAGCUGGAUCCAUGUCUGAAUGGAGGCAUAUGCAAUGAUCUGAUUAACACAUUCCGGUGUGUUUGUGCGAUUGGUUUCACUGGUAAUCGCUGCCAGAUCAACAUCGAUGACUGUGAGAGCAACCCCUGCCGGAAUAGCGGCAUCUGUCACGACUCCAUCGCAGGCUACACGUGCGAGUGUCCUCCAGGUUUCACUGGUACCAACUGUGAAACAAACAUAAAUGACUGCCAGAGCUCCCCAUGCCAUCGGGGAGAGUGUAUCGAUGGGGAGAACUCAUUCACGUGCAACUGCCACCCAGGUUUCACUGGGUACCUCUGCCAAACACAGGUCAAUGAGUGUGAGAGCAACCCCUGCCAGUUUGGAGGACACUGUGAGGACCUCAUUAAUGGCUACCAGUGCCGCUGCAAGUCGGGCACCACGGGCCCUAACUGCGAGAUCAACAUCAACGAGUGUUACAGCAAUCCAUGUCGCAAUGGUGCAAAGUGUGUAGAUGGCAUAAACAGGUAUUCGUGUGAUUGUAUCCCUGGAUUUACUGGUCAGCACUGUGAAACCAAUAUCAAUGAAUGUGCCAGCAAUCCGUGUGCAAAUGGAGGUGUUUGCAUGGACCUCGUAGAUGGUUUCAAGUGUGAAUGUCCGCGUGGUUACUAUGACGCACGCUGUCUCAGUGAUGUGGAUGAGUGUGCUAGUAAUCCUUGUAAAAAUGGAGGAACGUGUGAAGAUGGCGUGAACCAGUUCAUCUGCCGCUGUCUUCCUGGCUUUGGUGGUAAACAGUGUGAACAAGAUAUUGAUGAAUGUGGCUCAAACCCCUGCCAGCACGGAGGCAUGUGCAAAGACCACCUGAAUGCGUACUCUUGCGAGUGUCUGCCCGGCUACACGGGCGCAAACUGCGAGACCAAUGUGGAUGACUGCGCCAUAAACCCGUGUAAAAAUGGAGGUUCUUGUAUUGAUCUUGUAAAUGCAUACAAAUGUGUGUGUGAAUUGCCUCACACAGGUCGAGACUGUUGGGACAAACUUGACCCGUGUUCCCCAAACAGGUGUCACCAUGGGGCCCGCUGCUCCCCCUCCAGCAAUUUUCUCGACUUUGCCUGCACGUGCGGUCUGGGCUAUACGGGCCGCCUUUGUGAUGAGGAUGUGGACGAGUGUGUCGUGUCCUCACCGUGUCGUAAUGGCGCCACUUGUCGCAACACAAAUGGCUCAUACCACUGUGUUUGCGCAAAGGGCUACGAGGGUCGAGACUGUGUCAUCAAUACCGAUGAUUGUGCUUCGUUUCCUUGUCAGAAUGGUGGAACAUGCCUUGAUGGGAUUGGUGACUACACGUGCCUCUGUGUGGAUGGCUUCGGAGGCAAGCACUGUGAAAUAGAUGUCGAUGAAUGCGUUUCGGCUCCGUGCCACAAUGGUGCCACAUGUAACCAGUAUGUCAACUCGUAUACUUGCACGUGUCCACUGGGCUUCUCGGGUAUCAACUGUCAGACCAACGAUGAGGACUGCACUGAGAGUAGCUGUAUGAACGGAGGAAAGUGUGUCGAUGGCAUCAACAACUACACAUGCAUCUGUCAGCCUGGGUACACAGGAUCCAACUGUCAGUAUCGCAUCAACGAGUGCGACAGCCAUCCGUGCCUAAAUGGGGCCACGUGUCAUGAUCAGAUCAAGUACUACACGUGCCAUUGUCCCUAUGGCUACACAGGAAAGCGCUGUGACUCGUAUGUGGACUGGUGCAGUACGGAACCGUGCAUGAACCAGGCAACGUGCAAACAGACAGAUAAUAUGUACACGUGCGUGUGUGGACCGGGCUGGACGGGCAAGGUUUGUGAUGUGGAGAUGGUUUCCUGCAGUGAUGCGGCUAUACGCAAAGGUGUGACAAAGGAUGACCUCUGCAACAAUGGGACAUGCGAGGACAUAGGCAAUAGCCACCGCUGUCACUGUCAGGAUGGCUACACUGGGAGCUAUUGCCAAGAUGAAAUCAAUGAGUGUGAGUCUGCACCGUGCCAGAAUGGUGCCACAUGCAAGGAUCUGAUUGGCUCAUAUUCCUGCCACUGCACAAAGGGUUUCCAAGGACAGAACUGUGAACUCAAUGUGGAUGACUGUCAGCCGAAUCCUUGCCAGAAUGGGGCCACAUGCCAUGACCUUGUCAACAACUUCAGUUGUUCCUGCCCCCCAGGAACAUUAGGCAUCAUCUGUGAGAUCAACGUGGAUGACUGUGUGCUUGGAGCCUGCCACAAUAAUGGGACCUGCAUGGACCGUGUUGGAGGAUUCGAAUGCCGCUGCCCACCAGGUUUUGUGGGACCACGCUGUGAGGGAGACAUCAAUGAGUGUCUGUCAAACCCUUGCUCAUCACAGGGUACACAGGAUUGUGUACAGCUUGUGAAUAACUAUGUGUGCAACUGCAAGCCUGGCUUCAUGGGUCACCACUGUGAGGUCAAGGUCAACUUCUGUGACAGCUCUCCAUGUCAGAAUGGAGGAAUUUGCAAUGCCCGUGAGCAAGGGCACACGUGUGCUUGUCAAGAGGGCUUCUAUGGCAAGAACUGUGAGUUUUCUGGUUCAGAUUGCGACUCAAAUCCUUGCCAGUAUGGUGGUGCAUGUGUGCUAGUGAAUGGGGGUGGUUAUCGCUGUGAUUGUCCCUCUGGUACAGCAGGAAAGUUCUGUGAAUUGGAUGCAAGGAAUGAGUGUGCAAGUAAUCCAUGUAAGAGCGGAGCACUUUGCCAGGAUCGAUUGGGAGACUAUGGUUGUCACUGUCCUGAUUUGUGGGGGGGAAAGAAUUGCGACAUCUACAACCCUAGCUUCCGUGCAGGGUGGGGUCACACUGUGUUGCCCAAACCCAGCCGCAUCCCCACCAACACCAUCUCUGCAGUUGAUUCAGACCUGGAAGAGCAGCGUGCAAAGUGUGCCGCCAAUGGAUGCAGAGAGAAGUCAGGCAACCUGAAAUGUGAUGAGGAUUGCAACACAUAUGCUUGCAAUUUUGAUGGCAAUGACUGCUCCCUGGGCAUCGCCCCGUGGCGCAACUGCACGGAUCCCAUCAGAUGCUCGAAAGUGUUUAUGAAUGGGGAGUGUGACAUGGAGUGCAACAAUCCACAGUGCUUGUUCGAUGGUCGUGACUGUGAGAAGAAUGUCAGCCCUUGCAACCCUAUCUAUGAUGCAUACUGCCGGAAACACUACGCCAAUGGCCACUGCGAUUAUGGCUGCAACAAUGAAGAGUGCAACUGGGAUGGUCUGGACUGUGAAGAGCAGCAGCCCAAGUUCGCAGAAGGGAUGAUGUCUGUCGUGGUGCUGAUGAGCGUUCAGCCUUUCCGUGAGAACGUUGUUGCCUUCCUGCGGGAGAUGGGCCACAAUCUGCGAACCACUGUGCGAAUCAAGAAGGAUGACCAGGGCAAUGACAUGAUCUACCCCUGGAAGGAAACAGUACGUGACGGGCAAGACUCUUUCGUCAGUCCAUCUGGGGUGAUGGUAUAUCUGGAACUUGACAACCGCAAAUGCACAGUUGUUGAGGGGUCAGGGUGCUUUCAAACAGCCAGUGAGGCUGCCGACUAUAUUGCGGCAUCGGCGGCCAGGCACUCGCUGGUGACGUCAUUCCACAUACAUCAAGUAAGGGGUGUGACUGCAUCAGAACCACUUGAGACUGCAACAAACAUGAAGUAUGUGGUCAUUGGAGUAGUGUUGGUUGUUUUGGUGGGUCUUCUGAUUGGAGUUCUGGUGGCUGCUCAGCGAAAACGUGCGCAAGGCAUUACGUGGUUUCCUGAAGGUUUCUUCCGUAACAACAGCGGACAGCGGCGGCAGUCUCGUCGACGGGGGCCGGAUGGGCAGGAGAUGCGCAACCUGAAUAAACAGCCUCCUGGCUGCAUUGAUGUGGACAUACCUCCACACACCAUGGUUGGUCAGCAUGGUGGUGGUCCCCAGUGGUCGGAUGAUGAGUCUGAUCUACCACCCAAAAGAAUUCGUGCUUGUGAGGCAGGUUAUGCAAGUGACCACACUGCAAUCACUGACUAUGAUGAGAGUGAGCCCCGAAUGUGGACUCAGCAACAUCUAGAGGCAGCAGACAUAAGACAGAGACCAGACCCUGCCAUACUGACACCCCCAAGUCUGGAUGGAACCCAGGACGUGAAUGUUCGUGGACCAUGUGGGAUGACACCGCUCAUGGUGGCAGCUGUUCGUGGUGGUGGGAUAGACACGGGCGAAGAUGAGGAAGAGGAUGGAACAGCUGCUGUAAUAGCAGACUUGGUGGCCCAGGGUGCAGAAUUGAACGCUACACUGGAAAAGACUGGAGAGACAUCCCUUCAUCUUGCUGCUCGCUAUGCAAGAGCAGAUGCUGCUAAGCGACUUCUAGAUGCAGGGGCUGAUGCUAACUCACAGGAUAAAACUGGCAGAACACCUCUGCAUGCAGCUGUUGCAGCUGAUGCUAUGGGAGUGUUUCAGAUUCUUCUUCGUAACCGAGCCACAAACCUGAAUGCACGGAUGCUUGAUGGCACUACACCACUGAUUCUAGCAGCAAGAUUAGCUAUUGAAGGAAUGGUGGAAGAUCUUAUUAAUGCUGAUGCUGAUAUCAAUGCUGCUGACAACUGUGGUAAAACAGCACUCCACUGGGCAGCUUCUGUGAACAAUGUAGAUGCAGUGAACAUCCUGUUGGCACAUGGAGCAAACAGAGAUGCACAGGAUGACAAGGAUGAGACUCCACUGUUCCUGGCAGCACGCGAAGGCUGUUAUGAGGCCUGCAAGGCACUGCUUGACAACUUUGCAAAUCGUGAGAUCACAGACCACAUGGACAGGCUGCCACGUGAUGUGGCAGGUGAAAAACUGCAUCAUGACAUUGUGCGGCUGCUAGAUGAACACGUUCCUAGGAGUCCUCAGAUGGUUACUGUGAUACCCAGUGGUCCCAUCCUUGGCUCUCCCAGUCAUCACCAUCACCUGAUCACACACCCAACGGUGAUAGGUGCUGGUGCUAAACCACCAAAAUCAAAGAAGCGGACAAAGGCUGGCAGUAACAAUGGUGGAUUGGUGGGUGCAACUGGAAAUUCUCCUACUAGCCCUGAUGCAGAUGGGAUAGUAGUGACAGUACGCCGGAAACCCAGUGUCAAGAAAAGCAACAAGAAACCGGUGGCACAGGCCCAACCAGAACCACCUCAUGGUGUUCAGAGUGUGGAGAGUGUGGCGUCACCUGUCACGUCCCUUGAAUCCCCACACACAGUUGGAAGCUUCAGCGCAACAGAUGGAACACCAAGCCCCUAUGACAAUUCCCUCUACAGCAAUGGGGUACUGACUCUGGCACAGCUGCAUCAUGCUGGGCUGGAUGGGGGCAAUGGACUGAUGGGCAAGCAGCCCCCAUCUUACGAGGAUUGCAUCAAGGGAGCUGCUUCCAUGCAGAGCCUGCAUAACAUUGGUUUGGACUCAUACAGGGCAGGGAACUAUGGAGUUCUACCUGCAUUCCAUGAGCAAGGCUUGCCUCAGCAACAUGGGCGGCAGACAUCACUGCCCCUUAGCAUUCCUUCGCAGCCACAAAUGCAGCUUCUGCAGCAUCCGAACACAUUAUCCCCUCCUUACAGCAACCAACAGUCACCCCCUCACAGUGUGAACUCCAACCUAACCAUGUCUCCCCCCACCAGCUACAUGGGGUCUCCUUCCCCUUCGAAAACACAGACCUCACUUCCCACCUCUCCCACACACAUUGCUGCCAUGAGGGCUGCAACCCACCAGAAACAUGGGGGAAUUCCACAGCAGCAGCAGCUAGCCAUGGGCUUCGACUUCUCGUCCUCAGCAGAGCUCCCUCUGGCAUAUGGCACAUCGCAGCAGCUGGCAAACCUGCAACUGCAGCAGCCAAUGGGUGCUGGAGGUGCCAACAAUCAGCAGGCACAACAGCAGCAGCAGCAGCAGCAACAACAACAACAACAGCAGCAGCAGCAACAACAACAAAAACAACAGCAACAACAGCAGCAGCAGAAUGUGAACUACUAUCACUACCUCACGCCUCCCAGCCAGCACUCACAGAACCCAGAAGCGACACCCCAGCACUAUCCAGGCACCACUACACCCUCCCCAGACUCUAAUUUUGAUUGGUCCUCUUCCUCACCACAUUCUAACUCUGAUUGGUCUGAAGGAAUUCACAGUCCAGUGGCAAAUGCUUAUGUGGCGAGCAGUCAGCACCAGAAACAAGCAGAAGCCAUCUAUAUUUAGUGUUGUGAACUGUUGCUACAUUCCUUCUGUUGUACAAAUAAUUUUGUUAAACACCCAGAUUGUCUUGCAUGUCACUCUGUGGAGCAGCGUUUAUCUGUGAUUGUUCAUAUGGGACCAAAAUCCACAAUCCAAAUGUGCCUUAAGCCUUGCCAGGAGUGACAGACCCAAGUGCCUUCGUGUGAGACGCUGAUUGCAGUAAUGUUUGCCAUGAGUGUAAAUAGUUUUAUUAUUUUUUGUGUACAAAACAUUUAGUGAGUAGCUUUGUGGGCAGCCUGUACUUACACUGUUAUGGGCUGGUUUUUAUGUUAUAGUGUAGUUUUAUUUAGGUUCAUGCUGGCACACUGUUGCAGAGGCAUUGACUGGACGACAUACUCAAGCUGAUGUUUUAGUGUUGUGUAGGCUGCAGUGCUCACAUUGUAGGUGCAAGCAGAGGCCAUGACAGUUGGUGCGAUGUCAUUGGAAUUUUUUUUAGGGUCAGGGAAAUCAGUGUAAGUUUAUAUAACAUUUACUGGAAAGGAAGUGAAGAAACAUUUUUUUGUUUCUCAGAGCUGUCAUAAUGACUAAUGUUGAUGGGAUUAGAGAUUCUCAUAGCAGUGAAGAUGUCGCUGUUGGACUUCUGGCUUGUAAUGCCAUGUGGACAGUCCACAUGGCAUAAAAACCUAGAAUUUAAACAUUGACAUGAAAGUAAUCCACGUGGCAUAAAAAACUAGAAUUUAAACAUUGACAUGAAAGUAUUCUUAACUUUAGAUUUGUUUAGCCUAGUUUGAUACCAGUUGGCAAGAAGCAUGUCUCUUGUUUAACUUCUUCAUAAGAUGAUAUAUGGUUUCUGGUCUCCAAAAUUUAAAAGAAAAGGUGUCUUCCUUUUUGGCAAUUGUUAUAGUGGGUGGCAGGUGUCGUUAGGAUGGCGUGGAGGUGGGUGAAUGAAUGGACUACACCCAGGUAACAAUGGCCUGCCUCCCAUAAUUCCAUGUGAUUGUAACCCUAUUCCAGAACACUGUGAUAGCAGUUUGUAUCUCGUUCCAAAUUAAUCAUGACAUUAGCAUUUAUUAUUUAUUGUUCGGGUCACAAAGAAUUUCAGAACAAGCUACAAGCAAUAAGCAAUCAAAUAACAUUCUUGCCCUUUUGCUUCUACUAUCAACUGUGUAAAAAGUACUGAAUACAUUUGUUUUCAAGAUAUGCCCUUCCAUGUAGGGCCUAUAUGCUCAUAAUGCAUAAGUGUAUUUUAGGGAAAUAUAUUAUAAUUAAAAUGUAUUUCUAGAA